AUGGUUGGAACAGAACAACUCGUAGCUGAGGCUGUCGCGGACGAGUUCCCCCCACAGCUGGGGCGAGGAGACCACUCGUGUGCCUGUCAGGACGCGCUCGCUUCCUUGCCAUCUCAGGCGGCAUGUGACCUCGCCGAAGAUUUGUCUCCCUUUAACGAGCCUGACUCAGACCACGACACGUUCGCAUGCGGAGUAACGAGCGGCGGAGGCGACCUGCAGCGUCUAUUUUCCGCUCUUCCUCUCUCUCUCGACCGCUACCUGUUAUGGAAUUCUCUGCUCCCGCCUGAGGCUUCCUUUCCCUCGGAUACGUCCCCUGACGCGAACGCGGCUGUGGUGGAAGAGCACCGGCGGGAGCUCGCGCAUGCAGUGAAGCAAGCGCAGACGCUGCAGGACGCGAACGGUCAUUUGGCUGCAGAAAUUGGGCGUCUUCAACAACAGCUUGCCAUCUCCGUGCAAGAGAAGGAAGCUCUGAGUCAGCAGAUCCGCGACCGGCAGGCUUCGUCGUCGCAUGCCUCGUCUCUUCCUCUGCGCCGCUCGUCUUCUCCCUCGCGGGCCUCGGCCUCAAGGGAGAACCCGAAACUCGCCCCUUCCUCUACGUCGACAGUUGCUGCAUCCGCUGUUGGCGCUGGCGGCUUCUCGUCGAGUCGCCAACUCCUGCAAACUCGACGCGAGCGAGGCCUCCUCAGUCCUGACGACGAAGCCGCGCUGCAUGCACUGGAAGAGGAGCAGAGAAAACAAAGGAGUGCUGGGAGUCGACGACAGGGCGAUUUCUGGUGUCAGUCCGACGGGCGGAGCGACGAGUCCUCUCAACAGGGUGGAGAGACACUGCCUCCCGGCAUGGAUGAAUAUCAAGCGCUCUUGGCGGGGGGGGACAUUCGCCCCGACAUCAUUCAGUGGGUUCUCAGCAUGCGCAUUGCGCGCUCGCCUCUCCAUUCAGGCGAACUCGCUCUGCCCCGCACGGGACUGAACAUCAGUGAAAUUGCAGGCCUCCAUCGCGUCAAGAAGCUUCUUACGGACAAAAUUAUCAAUCCGAUUCUCCGGCCUGAACUGCACGUCGGUCUCCACCAGGCGCCUCGUGGAAUUUUGCUUUUCGGCCCUCCAGGCACUGGAAAAACCACUCUCGCCAAGUGGAUGGCAGCCAGUUCCGGUGCAAGCUUCUUUGAGGUGACGCCCUCGUCUAUAAUUAGCAAAUUCCAUGGAGAAACCGAAACGCUCAUCAAGGCUCUCUUCAAAGUGGCCGAGGCCGAUAGUCCGUCUCUUGUCUUCAUCGACGAAAUCGAUUCUCUACUAGGCAAGCGCAGAGAGAAAGAAGACGACACAAGCAUCCGAAUGAAGAACCAGCUCUUGCAGAUGAUGGAUGGAGUGAGCAGCUGCUCAGGAGACAAAGUUCUCGUUGUUGUCGGGGCAACAAACCGACCCGACAUGCUCGACGAGGCGGCCAUCCGUCGUCUGUCAAAGCGCGUUCUCGUUCCGCUUCCUGACUUCGACGCACGUCAGGUGCUCAUCCGCAAUGUGCUGGAGAAGCAGUCGACUGGUGGCUGCACUCUCUCAGACAAGGAGCUAGGAGACCUGUCCUCCCGCCUGGAGAAAUGGAGCGGCAGCGACAUCCGCAGUCUUUGCGUCUCCGCCUCGGAGCGAAGCUACGACGAAACCGUCGCCAAGUUCGGAGGCAUUCAGAACGUCCCCAGUCGAGCUGCCUUCCGUCCAAUCUCCUUCGCUGAUUUCCUUGCUGCUCUGGAAGAGGUUCGGCCAUCGUGCACGUCGGAAGAAAGUCUGAAGUUCUUCGAUGAAUGGGCGAAGGCUCACGGAGCUCUCUGA